AUUGCCAAAUAAGAAUUCUUGCUUCAGCUCCAGCUGAAAAUUUUCCGGAAGGCAAAACAGCAUAUCUAUCACAACUGUUGAAAAGAGAAAUCAAUCAAGCUAAACCUCCAAACGCCAGAUUUCUUUCUUUUUUGAUAAAUCACCAAAUGCCAGAUUUAGAAAAAAAAAAGUUUGGUCAACGGAAUUGGUAACACGAACAUCUGAUCAACUAAAGCAAACGCUUCCCAUUGAGGCUUUCAGUUCAAAGUCCCACCAAUCUUGACAAGAAAUCCUUACAAUUUUUGCCCUCUUGCCAUCUGAACCUUCCCAUCCACCUUCUGAAAAUAUUUCGAUAUUUUCCCAGAAACCCAGUUUCAGAAAUGCAUGAUUUUUGCUUCACGAUCCCAUACGGGCUGCUUCUGGUGUGCGGUGGUGUCAUUGGGUACGCAAAGAAAGGCAGCACAGCAUCGCUGGCUGGGGGCACCGGUGCCGGUUUGCUGCUCGUCCUCGCGGGGUAUCUCAGCCUCCAAGCAUUCCAUAAACGCAAAAACUCUUAUUUCGCCUUGAUUCUUGAAACUGUUGUCGCUGCCAUACUGGCAUUCACCAUGGGUCAGCGGUACAUGCAAACUGGAAAGAUAAUGCCAGCCGGUAUCGUCGCAGCGACAAGUGCCCUCAUGGCUGGAUUUUAUCUCUACAAGAUUGCAACUGGAGGGAACCGUAUUUCCCUCAAGACUGAGUAAUGGAAAUGAUAUGAUCUUUUACACGACUUCACUCUGUUUACUAAUAAGAACACGACACAUACUGGAUUUGUGAAGAUUGCUGAUCAUCCAAUUUGCUGCUAAGAACACGACACAUACUGCAUUGUGAAGAUCUCUGAUCAUGCCGUGCUCCCUAUAACUCCAGUUGAUGUUGACAUGCUGAUUCCAACCAAGUGUUUAUGUUUUACCAUAGCUCUUGUCACUAUGUAGCUUGGGACCUUUAUUUUUAUUUUUGUACAUCCACUGACGUAUAAAACUUUUUAUAAAUACGAGUUGUCGUUCUAUUAUUUGAUGAAUACAUAGUGAUUAUGAGA